AUGAGUGGCAUCGGCAGCGGAGCCUUGGACAGAAUCCUAUCGCGGGUUCGCGCCCUCACCAAUGCCAGGCGAACAGGAGGAAAGGAAAAGGCAGCGGCAGCGUCGGUAGUAGCGCUGGUGUACCUGGCGGUGGUCUUUCGGCAGGGAAAGCGGCCGAAGCUCGUAUGCCGACGUUCUGGGCACAACGUACGCGUGCUGCGAGCUUUGGCAGGGGUAGUCGACCGGCCGUACUACCCGUCGUGGCUCACGCCCAACGCGCACGUGAACUGCCUGCUGGGGUACGCCAAGAGAGGCAUCACCGUUAGCAAAACCAGAGAGCUCAUUCGUUGUUGGGAUGGCGGGACCUUUGCGAUGGACUGGCGAAAUCGAGAUCGCGACCAGCCGGACCUCCCCGCCGAUGCCCCGACGCUGCUGGUCAUCCACGGGCUCAACGGCCACAGUGAAGAAGCGUGUGUGCUCUAUUCCAUGGUGUGA